AGCAUAGUUGCUAUACUACACAGAUGUCACUUGUGCUAUUUUUGAAAGCAAAAAUCAUGUAGUUACUAAAUCUCCCACAAAGCAGGACGAUCGGGCGUCUUAGUGUUUCUCUUUCGUUUAUGUCUGUACCUUUUCCGGGAUACUAAGCAACAUGAGUCGCGUUAGGACGAAGACCGUCAAAAAGGCGGCGAAGAUGAUCAUCGAAAAGUAUCAUCAUCGUCUGACUUUGGAUUUCCACACAAAUAAGAGGAUAUGCGAGGAAAUUGCUAUUAUUCCAAGCAAAUCUUUACGAAACAAAAUAGCUGGAUUUGUUACUCACUUGAUGAAGCGAUUAAAACAUAGCCAAGUAAGAGGUAUCUCUAUCAAGCUUCAAGAAGAAGAAAGGGAACGCAGAGACAACUAUGUACCAGAAGUUUCUGCUUUGGAACACGACAUCAUCGAAGUCGAUCCUGAAACCAAGGAGAUGUUGAAGAUGUUGGAAUUCAAUAAUAUUACUGGAUUACAAUUGACGCAACCAGUUACGCAAUUUAGCAGACGUUCUUAAAGUUAUAUCUUUUUCAUUAAACAAAAUAGUUGGUCUUGCACUUUUUAAUAAAAUUGCAAACUGACAUGA